AUGGAGCCCACAAUCGUCCCCAUCUUAAGCAACGAAAAGGCAAUUACCAUUGACUACAACCUCUGGGGCUCUUAUAUUGCCCAAGAUCUGCUCAAGAAUCUUCCCUCUUCGACUUACGUGCUGAUUACAGAUACCAACCUUUAUGAUCUCUAUGUGCCUUCCUUUGAAAAAGCCUUCAACGAUGUAGCCUCCAGUAUCAAGGCGGAAAGCCGUUUAUUAACAUAUACCAUCCCGCCUGGGGAGACUUCGAAAUCGAGAACAACCAAGGCCGAGGUCGAAGACUGGAUGCUGUCUGAGGAGCGGGACCCGCCUUUGGAUACCAAAUCAGUGCUUCUCGCUCUAGGCGGAGGGGUCAUUGGUGACAUGAUUGGCUUCGUUGCUGCUACUUUCAAGCGAGGCAUCAGAUUCGUACAGAUACCCACUUCGCUACUUGCUAUGGUGGACUCCUCUAUAGGCGGUAAAACGGCUAUUGAUACGCCGGCUGGCAAGAACCUCAUCGGUGCUUUCUGGCAGCCUUCUAAAAUAUACAUUGACCUCAAUUUUCUCAAUACCCUGCCCACCCGUGAGUUCAUCAAUGGGCUGGCCGAAGUCAUAAAGACCGCGGCCAUCUCGACGACGGCGAUGUCUAAGACGAAUGAGUCCAAGGGUGAGUAUGAAACGAUGAAGUACAAAUUUGAGGCGCUAGAAGCAAAUGUCAACGUUCUUAUGGCCGCUAUCAAAACCAAGCCAGAAGCCAAUGAUCAUAGACUUUCGAGAGUUAGGGAAAAAUUGAAGGACAUCGUUCUCGGAUCAGUCCAAGUGAAGGCGCAUGUUGUGUCAGCAGACGAAAGGGAAGGAGGGUUGAGAAACCUCCUAAAUUUUGGUCAUUCUAUCGGUCAUGGUAUCGAGGGUUUACUCACGCCUGACAUCUUACACGGCGAGUGUGUCGCUAUUGGUAUGGUGUUAGAAGCAGAACUAGCAUUGCAUCUGGGGGUACUUAGUCGAGAAGCUGUUGCUAGACUCAGGAACUGCCUUGCCAAAUAUGAACUACCCACGUCAUUAAAGGAUGCUGUUGUUCGAGAGCGUUCUGGCCACAAACACUGCUCUAUGGACCAAAUACUUUCGGUGAUGGCUGUUGACAAGAAGAACCAGGGAAAGAAAAAGCGCAUAGUGCUUCUUCGCGGCAUUGGCUUUGUGCACGAGCAACAGGCAACGGUGGUGGCUGAUCGAGACAUAAGAAAUGUGCUAUCCUCUAGCGUCAGAAUACUGCCAUCCAUACCCCAUGGUGUAAAGGUAUCAUGUACACCACCAGGUUCUAAGAGCAUAUCCAACAGAGCGUUGGUCUUGGCAGCGCUUGGCAACGGCGAGUGUCGAAUUCGGAAUCUACUACAUUCAGUCGACACAGAGGUCAUGAUCGAGGCCUUGAAGAUAAUGAAGUGUGCCUCCUUCUCGUCGGGUGAAGACAGCAAGGGCAAAUAUCUCCUGGUUACAGGUAAUGGCGGAAAUCUCCAAGCAAGCGAAAAGGACCUCUACAUCGAGAACGCUGGCACAGCGGCACGCUUCUUGGCAACCGUUGCCCUUCUUGCUAAACCAAAUCUGCAAUCAUACUCCAUCCUGACUGGCAACAAGAGGAUGAACGAAGGCCGCCCGAUCAAAGACCUGGUAGACGCGUUGCGAGCGAAUGGAUCCAGUAUUGAAUGCACAGGAAAGGAUGGGCACCUACCUCUCAAGAUCGAAGCAGCAGAGGGUAUGGAAGGUGGUGAUAUCGUACUGGAUGCCAGUUUCUCGUCGCAAUAUGUCUCAUCUAUAUUGAUGGCUGCUCCUUACGCAAAGAAGCCUGUCACUCUUCGUCUCACAGGUGGACCACCGAUCUCGCAGCUAUAUAUUGAUAUGACUACGGCAAUGAUGAGGAAGUUUGGCGUCGACGUAACAAAAUCUACAAUAGAAGAGCAUGCCUAUCACAUACCUCAGGCGACUUACCGAAACCCCCCUGACUACGAGGUCGAGAGUGAUGCUAGUUCAGCAACCUAUCCUCUCGCUCUGGCUGCAAUCAACGGUAUCACCUGUAUCGUGCCAAACGUAGGUUAUGGGUCUCUGCAAGGUGAUGCCCAGUUCGCUGUCAAGGUCUUGAAACAAAUGGGCUGUUCUGUUGAUCAGACAGAGUCCUCUACAACUGUCACAGGUCCGCCGAAAGGCACCCUUAAGCCAAUACCGUCUAUAGACAUGGAGACGAUGACAGAUGCCUUUCUGACGGCCUCGAUCCUAGCUGCCGUUGCUCAAGGCAGCACUGGUAAGUCGACGACCAAGAUUACCGGCAUUAAGAAUCAGCACAAAAAGGAGUGCGAUCGAAUAGAAGCUAUGGAGAAAGAAUUAUCCAAGUUCGGCGUCACUUGCCGUGGAUUCGAAGAUGGCAUUGAGAUUGACGGCAUAAACCAUGCUGAGCUACAAGAGCCAGCUGGUGGCGUUCAUUGCUACGACGAUCACAGAGUGGCGAUGAGCAACAGUGUCUUGGCUACAGUUGCACCCAAUGGUGCGAUCAUCAACGAGAAGGAUUGUGUAGGGAAAACCUGGCCCGGAUGGUGGGACACAAUGCGGCUCUCGUUCAACGUGGAAACGGAAGGUGUGGACGUGGAGAGCGAGUCGAAGGGCAAAUCGCUGAAUUCAGAAGCUUGCCGCAAGUCAGUAUACCUCAUUGGCAUGAGAGGAGCCGGAAAAACAACCACAGGAAAGUGGGUAGCAGAUCUCCUAGAUCUGUCUUUUGUUGAUCUCGACUCACAGCUAGAAUUAGAAGCGAAACAGACGAUACCCGAAAUUAUUGAAGAGUCAGGUUGGGAGGGGUUCCGGGGGCAAGAAACUGCGAUUCUCAAAAAAACGAUGAUAGAAACGCCUUUAGACAACGUUUUUGCUUGCGGAGGCGGCAUUGUUGAGACUCCAGAGGCUCGGAAAGUACUCAUCGAUUAUCAUAAGUCUGGGGGCCUUGUAAUCCUUGUGCAACGCAACAUUGCAGAUGUGAUGGCGUACCUUCAGCUCGACAAAUCACGACCCGCAUAUGUCGAUGACAUGAAGAGCGUCUGGGAACGUAGGAAAGAUUGGUAUGUGCAAUGCAGUAAUUACCAGCACUACAGUCAGAAAGCUCCAACAGAUUCGUUAGUUCGGGCUUCGAAAGACCUAGAGCGGUUCGUUUCUACUAUCACCGGCAAACGACGCUCUCUAGAAAAGAUCAAGACCAAAAAUCAGUCCUUCUUUGUUUCCCUCACCGUGCCUGAUAUCGCCGCUGCAUUAGACUUCUUACCGGAGGUUGUCGUCGGUUCAGAUGCUGUGGAGCUGAGGGUAGAUCUCUUAGAAGAUCCACAGAACCCUAACGCUCCUCCUUCGGUUGAGUAUGUGGCAAACCAGCUAGCAAUACUACACGGGUCAACGUCUCUGCCAGUGAUAUUCACCAUCCGCACGCAAAGUCAAGGGGGCAAAUUCCCGGAUAACGCUCCGCUUGAAUUGGUCGCUUCCAUAUACCAAUUGGCGCUUCGGAUGGGAGUAGGAUAUCUGGAUCUCGAAAUCCAGUUCCCUGACCCUUUGCUUCGCCAGAUAUCUCGGGCUAAAGGCCAUACCAAGAUCAUCGCUUCACAUCAUGAUCCCAAGAAUACCCUGUCUUGGGAGAAGGGCUCGUGGAUGCAGUUCUACAAUAAGGCCCUCCUGUACGGCGAUAUUGUCAAGCUUGUUGGGAUUGCGACCUCACAAGAAGACAAUUUACAGCUUCUACAAUUCAAGAAAUCGGCUGAAUCCUUAAAUGAGACGCCCUUGAUUGCAAUCAACAUGGGUCUUGAUGGCCAGUUGAGCCGCAUACAGAACGGCUUCUUGACGCCAGUGUCUCACCCUGCAUUACCAUUCAAAGCAGCACCGGGUCAGCUUUCGGCGGCAGAAAUCCGGUCGGCGCUGGUAUUGCACGGGGUAAUCAAGCCAAUGCAGUACUACCUCUUCGGAUCACCCAUUGCCCAAUCGAAGUCUCCAGCAAUGCACAACACUCUCUUCAAAGCCACCGGUCUACCACACACCUACUCUCUCUUCGAGACCUCCGAAGCCGCAGAUCUAGAAAAGAUUCUGAAAUCCGACUCCUUUGGCGGCGCCUCCGUCACCAUUCCUCUCAAGCUCGACAUUGUGCCCUACCUCGACUCCGUCUCCGAUGACGCCAAGCUCAUCGGCGCCGUUAAUACCAUCAUCGCUGACCCCUCCAUCCCCUCCACCAAGAACCAGGGCGGAUACCACCUCACAGGCCGCAACACAGACUGGCAAGGCAUGACACGCGUGCUUUUGGCCGCCGGCGCUCAGCCCAGCGGAGAGCAAAGCGGUCUCGUAAUCGGUGGCGGAGGGACAGCCCGAGCGGCGAUCUAUGCCCUACACGCCAUGGGUUACACCCCCGUCUACGUCCUCGGCCGCUCCGAGUCGAAGAUCCGGGAGCUCGUGUCCAGCUUCCCCCAAGAUUACAACCUCGAGAUCCUCCACCCCUCCGAACAGCCGCUGAAGAUGACCAGCGUCCCCACCACGGCCAUCAGCACCAUACCCGCCGACACACCCCUGGACCCCGACAUCCGGAGAUUCCUCGGCCACUGGAUCCUGGGCGUGAACGACGGGGAGUUGAGGGUGAAGAGUGACGCGUCGCAGGGCGGGAGGGUGACGGUGAAGCAGGUCCUGCUGGAGAUGGCUUAUAAGCCAGCGGUGACGGAUAUGAUGCGGAUGGCGGGUGGAGGGGGGUGGACGACCGUUCCGGGGUUGGAGGUGUUGGCCGGACAGGGUUGGUAUCAGUUUGAGGCGUGGACGGGGAUCGAGCCGCUUUAUGAGAUGUUGAGGGAGGCUUGCGGGCUGGAGAAAUUGGCCUAG